AAAGCGGUUCGUUGUCAAUCAACAUUACUCAGUCAACGUUCAGUUUUAACACACUUAACAACAACAAAAACUUAUAUUUAUUCGAAAUGGCAUUCAAAACUGUCGCCGUCUUCGCCUGCGUGCUGGUUUCCGCAAUUGCCGGUCCAGUAGCCCCAGCCUACCCGGCACCAUCUGCCUACCCAGCACCAUCAUCUUACCCAGCUCCAUCGGCUUACCCAGCACCAUCAGCUUACCCAGCACCUGCCUACAAGCCUGCCUCAUAUUCAGCACCAAAGGCAUACGCCCCAGAAGCCGCAUACGCACCAGCCCCGUACAACUUCGACUACAGCGUGCACGAUGACUCCACCUACGAUAUCAAGAGCCAAUCUGAAUACAGUGACGGAAACGGUUACGUAAAGGGAUCCUACAGCCUGGUCGAAGCUGAUGGCACCAAGAGAAUCGUCGAAUAUACCGCUGACGACGUUAACGGAUUCAACGCUGAAGUGAAGAAAGAAGGAACUCCAUCCUACAGCUCUGCCCCAGCCUACAAACCAGCCUACAAGGCUUCAGCUUACCCAGCUGCCCCUGCUUACCCAUCAGCCCCAGCUUACCCAGCUGCCCCAGCAUACUCUGCUGCCCCAGCUUACCAAGCUGCCCCAGCAUACUCUGCUGCCCCAGCAUACUCUGCUGCCCCAGCUUACCAAUCCUACCCAGCUGCUCCAGCAUACGGAUACUCCACCCCWGCUCCGGCCUACGGAUACUCUACCCCCGCCCCAGCCUACAAGCCAUCGUACGCUGCUCCAGCAUACAAACCUUCCGCGUACAAACAGUACUAA